AGACUGUGCAGGAAGACAAUUCCUGGAAAAACUGGGGGCAGUUGGUGCAUGGGGUUAUUUCGGGCAUCCAGGUGGGCGACCCACCCGGGCGUCCGGAAGGCCCGCGUCGUUAGGGAACGUGUGAGCGGCGUCUCUGGUUACGGGGUGGGGUAAAGGUUAAAGGGCAGCCUCCAGGUUGGACACUGCCGACUUUGAGCAAUGGCCGCGUCUGGGGAUUCUGGGAGGCUGUGGCAGGAGGAGGUGGCGGAGGCGGCGGCGGCGGUGGUGGUGGUGGGCUCCUGCAUGACCGACCUGGUCAGCCUUACUUCUCGUCUGCCAAAAACUGGAGAAACCAUCCAUGGACAUAAGUUUUUUAUUGGCUUUGGAGGGAAAGGUGCCAACCAGUGUGUCCAAGCCGCUAGGCUUGGAGCAAAGACAUCCAUGGUGUGCAAGGUUGGCAAAGAUUCCUUUGGCAAUGAUUAUAUAGAAAACUUAAAACAGAAUGAUAUUUCUACAGAAUUUACAUAUCAGACUAAAGAUGCUGCGACAGGAGCUGCUUCUAUCAUUGUCGAUAGUGAAGGCCAGAAUAUCAUCGUUAUAGUAGCUGGGGCAAAUUUACUUUUGAAUACAGAAGACCUGAGGGAAGCAGCCAGUGCCAUUAGCAGGGCCAAAGUAAUGAUCUGCCAGCUAGAAGUAACUCCUGCAACUUCUCUGGAAGCCCUGAGAAUAGCCCACAGCAAUGGAGUGAAAACAUUGUUCAAUCCGGCACCUGCCAUUGCUGACCUGGACCCCGAGUUCUACACUCUCUCGGAUGUGUUCUGCUGCAAUGAAAGUGAGGCUGAGAUUCUGACUGGCCUUGAGGUCGGCAGCCCCACAGAUGCUGGGAAGGCUGCAUUGGUGCUCCUGGAAAGGGGCUGCCAGGUCGUAAUCAUCACCUUAGGUGCUGAAGGAUGUGUGAUGCUAUCACAGACAGAACCUGUCCCAAAGCACAUUCCCACAGAGAAAGUCAAGGCUGUGGAUACUACGGGUGCUGGUGACAGUUUUGUGGGAGCUUUGGCCUUCUACCUGGCUUACUACUCACAUCUGUCCUUGGAAGAAAUGCUCAAGAGAUCUAAUUUCAUCGCAGCGAGUGCCUUGGAAAUGACCUAACCAAAGCAAGAAGACUAAUCAAACUGCAUUGUGGGAAUAGACUCAGACCCCCACAGUUCAGGAGGAGAAAUCAGGACAAGGAAAAUACACAAGUACUGGUAACCCUGGCAGGCCAGUCAAGAAGACCGUGGUCUCCGAAGAGCUUUAUCUUUCACGUAUGAGCAGUAAGAGUGAAAUCAGGAAGCAACAGAAUAAAGGGAUUGGAACUUUCACACCGACAAUGUGUAAAACCUUGUUGUUCCCUUACAUAGUUUAACUUACAAUCAUCCAAAGCACAAAGUUCAUGUUUUGUCCCACUGGGCCUUUUAAUACCUCAUACUGUUUGUUACUUUUUCAGGGGUCUUAUCUUCCUAUGUAGAUCAUGCUAUUUGAUUUCUCAUCUAAUUCCAAAAAGAAUUUGAAGCACCUAAGAUAAUAUUAUACACCUUUGCAUCCCUUUCAAUGUUCAACAUAGUACGCCAUGCAUUAGAGUGAUACAAUAUUAAGUACUUGCUCUAUGGCAAGCACAACAUGCAAGGCCCUCUAAGUCUACAUCUGCACCCUGGAGAAGUAACGUAACAGUAUGGAAGGUGAGUUGUGUUCACGAGGUCUGUAAGGCAAGACAUAUGUGACCAGAAGGCACACAAAGAACAUGGCACCAGAAGGACACAAAGAACAUGAGAAUUUCUAAAGAAAUGAAAACACAGGAGAUUCCCACAGAAUGUGAGGAAGGAAAAUAAGUAACUGGAUUGUGUGAAAAGCUAUAUAAAGUAAUAAAAGAUAUUGAGGGAAGAAUACUAGCAUACAUGUUUUUCACUAACUUCAAUCCAGAAAACCUAGCUUUAAGGAUUUAUUAUGUGACUUGGGUUAUAAACAAAUGCUACCUACUUUAGAAUUUUUCUAUUUUUAACACAGAAAAUCUUACUUCAGUCAUUGCCUACAAAAUUUAUUUUUGAAAUACCAGUUUGGUAUUAAUAAUCUCUCUGGUACAGCAAGGAAUCUUUAGCCUUUACCAUUUUUGAAAUGCUUGUACCAUGAAUGCAAAAGAUUACAAAACUCAAAACUGGCUCUGUGGAUAGUCAAAUCACAGCGUUUUUUGUUAUAUUCCUGUAGUGAGCUCCAGACAAAUGGCCCUUGGUCCUCACUUUCAGGAAAAAGAACUGCAAUCAUAGUCCAAAGAGCAUGGGGACCCUGAUGAUUUCUUUAGGAACAAGACAGCAAAAGCAACUUUUAAGGAAAUUAACUAAAAGCUCACUUAAAUAGAUCAGUUGGGAAGGAGGGAAAAUAUUUUAGUAAACAGUUCAUAGGGUCAAAACAAUUCAUCAAGUGUAAUCCUCAAAUCAGACUUUAGAAAAUUGAAGCCAAAUGCUUAAUUUAACAUAAGGAUUCAUUGAGAGUAGCUGAACUAAUGAAUCUAACAUAAACAAGCUUAAAAAAAAAAAA